AGGAGAAAAAUGAAAAUGUUAAGAACCUGAGUAGGGAGAGAAAGUAUUUUGUUUAAAUUUAACAGAUUGCAUGCACACUAGAGCCGGGACGAGGGCAUUUGGAGAACCAACCGCGUUACUCCCGGCUACGAGAGAUGAACUACAUUUCCCAGAGAUCUUUGCGGAAGUAAACGGAUACAGGUAAAAUGUCUUGUGGAGUGUGGAGAAAAGUGACUGAAAUUCACUGCGUUCUGAUUCGUUUUUCCAUUGGUAGAAAAUCCGAAGAGCUUUGAAACCCUAGAGGUGAUUGGUCAGUUUCUGUGGCGUCCUGUUCCCACCUUGUUCAAUUAAGAUAUUUCCGUUGGGAUUGAAGACGCUGACAAGUUCUGGUUUGUUUUGAGUGAAGGAUCCUUGGGAGCUCGGGGACCGAGGGAGACGUUGUUGGCUUCGGUUCGGAAGAUCCGGUGAGAGGGUAGAGGUCUCGUCUCAAGGCCUGACUCCCUGGAGGGAGGAGAAGGAUGGACGCGGGGAAGGUCUCCAGGGACCUUAGGAAGGAGGAAGCUGAGACUCAGACCACACUUGUUCCAGGUGCAGAAGAAGGCAGUAUGUACAAACAAACCCCACCCUCUACUCCUGUCUCCAAAAACUUACCAACUUCUCGGAGCCCUUCUAAAUACUGUGGUAUUUCUGGGACAAGAUCUCCUAGAGAUUUAGAGGGGUCAACUCCCCUGCCUUCCAUUUCUGAGCGCCUAAACUUCAUCUGCUCAUCUAACGAAUUAUUAGAAUAUUACCGAAGAAAGAUACUUGAGUUUGAUGAACAAAAUGAAGAACUAUUGAGAAAACUGGAAAAAUAUACCCACAUGUAUAAAAACCAGCAUAAACUGGAGUUAGAAAUCCAGCAGAGGGAGGAAGAGAUUGCUGAAUUACAGAAAGCCCUAAGUGACAUGCAGAUCUACCUCUUCCAGGAGCGUGAACAUGUGUUACGCCUCUACUCAGAAAAUGACCGAUUAAAAAUCAAGGAGCUAGAAGACAGAAAAAAAAUUCAACAUCUCUUGACCUUAGUGGGAACACAUUCUAGAGAAGUGACAUAUUUUCACAAGGAGCCUCUACACAAAGUCACUAUUCCUCAAAAGGCUGUUCAUUUCAAGCAGCCACAUGAAGCAGAUACCAGUACUAAAAGAAACUUAGGAAGACCAAUAAAAGAAACACAAGAAAGUCCUGAGAAAUACCAAAGAGACAAUCAGACACUUGUGCUACAGGUGGAAGCACUGCAAGCUCAACUUGAAGAGCAGACCAAACUUGCCAGAAACCAGGUCGAAGGGCUUUUGGAAGACCGACGCAUCUACAUGGAAGAAGCACAGGUUCAGCAUGAGAGAAACCAGGAAAGGAUCAGAGUGCUGACACACAAUCUUCAACGAACCGAGGAGUUUCUCUACGAGAGCACCAAGGAUUUCUUGCAUCUCAAAUUUGAAAAUCAAAACAGAGAGAAGGAAUGGGUGGCUGAAAAAGACCGUUUACUUUGGAAAUUGAGCCAAUACCAAAAAGAGCAAGAGAAAGUACUACAGUACGAUGAGGAAAAGUGUCAACAACCGGUAGUCAGCAGUCUCCUACCAGCUGUACAAGACCUUCAACAGGAGCAAGAUAUGUAUAUUCAGUCCUUAAAAGAGAAGUUGUUGCAAGAACAAAAGUUAUCCUGCAUGUAUCGAGAGCAGUGUGUUACUCUGGAGGAGGAGCUGGCCCGAAUUCGAGAAGAAGAUGAUAUGAGGCGAAAGAUCUUCAAGGACCGUUCUAACAAGAUGGGGAAACGUUUGCAAGAGAUGGUGCGUCAGUAUGACACCCUGCAGAAUCGGCGGCGGCUAGAAGUGGAAGGUUUUCAGAGUGACAUCAAGACCCUGCGUGGGAAACUGAGGGAAGUCGAGCAAAUGCUUUAUAAGGCAUCUCUCAGUAUUCGACCAGAUCAAGAUCUUUCCAUACUUAAAGAGGUUCGUAAGAGCAACAAACGGACUGUUAAGAUCCAAGGAGAACUGAAGGACCUCAAGGCCAAAUUAUAUAGUUUAGAGAAUGAACUUAGAAUCUGUUAACAUCUUUUUGUAUAUGGGGUCUUGAGGCCUGUAAUACCUUAAAAUCUGAGAACGAGGUUAUCAGCUACCAAAGGAAGGGUUUCAAUAAAAGGCCUGCUAGGUCAUAGGCCUCUUAUGGCUACAUGAAGGAUCAGGGAUGCACUGCAAAGGUUAGUCUUACAUUUAUGGACCUGAUGAACUAUACAGGUAUAGAUAUUUCUCAGCACUAGUUUUUUUCCUGAGCCAAUUUAUAACCUGAAAAGGUUUCCUGAAGUUUUUUUUCAUAUGGUUAUCACCAUUCAUAUUGAAAGCUUUGGGAUAAAAGGGUUUAUGGAGUUAAGUACUAACUUGGCUUAAUGAUUAGAGAAGUAAUUUGUCCUUUCUCCGGAGCUGGAGAGAAAAAGCAAUAAAUUCCAAAGUUUCAAAGGUGGGUAGUUAUUGCUGUUCAUCUUUUGCCUUUAGUAGUGGGGAAAAGAUUUCAAAUUUUCACAGUCUUCUUGUGACAUGUAAAUGGAAGGUAUAAUUUAGAGUCCUUGAGCAAAUAUCAGAAAGGGUUUUGUAUUGAUUUUUUUUUUUUUUUUGAAAAAGUGUAUGCUGCACUAUUUCACUGUGUAAUUAGGUCUCAUCCUACCAAUCAUGUUUCCCUGAUUUACAUAUUUAAAGUUGGAAUUCUUUAAAAUAAAAAAUAAAAUUUAAGUAUUAUGAGUUUAUAGAAUUUCUUAUUAAGACUAUCUUAUUCUUUUGUCACUAGCUUACUUAUUUAUUCCAGUUUGUUUGUCUAUUGUCUGUUAUACAAGUGGAAACAAUUCUUAAAUGACUUCCUUGAAAUAGUUUAUGUAGACAAAUGGCUUCCAUUUUUUUUCUUGAAUACACUCUUUGUAGUAAAUUGAAUUUCUUUAGUUCUAGUCAAUUUAUCCAGGAUAUAAAAAAAAAAUUCCUAUUUUCCAUGUAUCUUGGUAAAAGAUGAGAUUAAGCUGUAAAUAGUAGAUGUGGAGUGUUUUUUUUUUUUUUUUUUUCCAUCAACUAAUUGGGGAUAGGAACAGCCUUAUUAGAAAAAGAAUAGCAAUCCAAGGAAUUGCUAAAAAAAGUUAAUGGAUCUUGGAUGUCAUUGUAGAAGAUGUGAUCUUUCCACAGAGGAACAAGUCCUAGACUUCAUCAGGGUCUUGGCAAGAUUGGAAUAUACUCUACUGGCAAAAGUGGAAGUGGUAGUUUAUAUUUGUGUAUGUAUUUUUAAUUAAAAUUCUAACCUUAAAAGAGUUGUUUAUAUGUGAGCAGCUGAUUUUUUUUUUAUUUGAACAUUAAAAUGCAAAAUGAAUAUUAGACUUACAACAAACCUCAGCCUACUUCAUCUUUCUAUUGUUACUUGCCUCUUCCACUUUUUUAAAUAAAACUUUUUUGUAUUAUUAACAGUUCUCCUCAAACAAAUAUUUCAUCGAAUACAUACACUCCCAAGCAUUGCAUAUAAAAUUGUAAAUUUCUAUUAGUCUUGUAACAAAAAAAAUUAAUAGUUAUUAACAAAAUUAUGGUUUUUCUUCCCUGUGAACUUUUUUGUGUGUAUAUUUUAAGAAGUUUUAUUUUUAUCUUUUUUUUGUUACAUAUGUAUGUAUAUGUAUUAUUAUUUAUUUUUUUACAAAUAUACUCAACAAAUAAAUAUACUCAAGAAAUACAAUUCCCCUUUUUACUCCUUAGAUGUUCCUCUCUUUUAUUGUGUUACACUUCUAGUCCAUAGACUCUGCCAAGAGUGGAAAGUAUGUUUCAUUAUCAGUUCUCUGAAAUCAUAAUUGAUCACUGCAUUAAUUAGAGUUAAGAACUCUUUUACAGUUUUUCUUUACUCUGUUGUGGUCAUUGUGCAGAUUAUUUUCUUGACACGUGUUAUUUUAUUUUGAUUAGUUUCAUAUAAGACUUUUCGAUUUUGAAUCUUUCAUUUUCAUCAUUGUUGACAGCUUAAUACUACGUUACAUUUGAAUACUAUGUUUUUUCAGCCAUUCUUUAUUUGAUGGGUACCUCCUUUGUUUCCUAUUCUUUACUGUAGAAAAAAUUGAACUAUAGUUCUUUGCUCCAACUCAACUGAAACUGUUUUUUCUAAAGUUACCAGUAAUUUCUUAAUUGCCUAUGAUUUUUAUUGUUUUAACAGAAAAAGAUGUUGUAUCAAAAAAAUUAAUAUCUGUGAUAAAAUCAUGUGAUUUUUAUUAUUGCCAUGAUCAAUUGUGCUUGUUUUCUGUAUAUUAAACCAACCUGUAUUCCUGGUAUAAAUCUAAUAUGAUCACAGUGAA